AUAUGAGUACAAGAAAGUGGGGUCCUGGGGGAGAGGAGAGGGGACGGAGCAGCAGGACGAAGAAAACUGCGUCCAGGUUCUCUUCAUGUUCUGCUUCCCCAAGCGCACAUGCCCACAAGUGAAAAACCGACUUACAUUUUUUCACUGCGCAAUCUGUCCUCCUCAAGUCCUUCCUCCCUGGAGUUCACCCCUCCUUGGAUAAAUGACCCUUUUCUGAGUUCUUCUCCAAUUGCAGCUUGUGGUUUCUGUAUCUUACAGAGAAAGAUACAGGUGUGGCUUUGAGUAGGAGAGAGGGAGAGAGGUCGGGCUUCCCUGGAUUUUGGCAUUUGUUCCUCAAGCAGACAGAAAUGGAAGCAGAAAAACUUUUCUGAAGCCGAUAAAGCAGAGGAUGCUUCUUUCCUUCUUUGUGUGUUAAUCGUGGGAGGCUUCGGGGUGGCUAAAUGGGUCGGAAUGAUGGGGUAACGUGUCGGCUUGGGGAUUUAAUGAAUUCUGAUCUUCCAUGGCGGAUGAUCGUGCUCGGGUUGUGGUCCUUCUAGGACCUAAAAUCUCUAAUGGAAAGGGAAGGUUUAUUUGUGCAUUUCCUUCAUCGGGGCUUGAAGUUGUAUUAUUGAUGCAAUGUUAACGUUAGGGCAGGGUCUUGUAGUGAUUUCUGUCCUUUUGUCUGUGUCUGUUGCCCAUGGGGAUUUUCCUCGUUGCAAUUGUGAUGAUGAUAGCCUCUGGGGCAUAGAGAACAUUUUGCAGUGCCAGAAAGUGAGUGAUCUUCUCAUUGCCUUGGCAUACUUUUCAAUCCCCCUUGAGCUUUUGUACUUUAUAAGCUGUGCCAAUGUUUUUCCGUUCAAGUGGGUACUCGUUCAGUUUGGAGCAUUUAUAGUUCUCUGUGGUUUGACACACUUAUUGACAGUAUGGACCUAUGCCCCACACUCUUUCCAUCUCAUGCUAGCACUUACCAUUUUCAAGUUGCUCACUGCUCUGGUGUCUUGUGCAACUGCUAUUACCCUGGUUACCCUUAUUCCUCAACUCUUAAGGGUGAAAGUUCGUGAGGUUUUUCUGAAGCAGAAAGCUCAGGAGCUUAACAGGGAGGUGGGGAUGAUGAAGAGACAGGAAGAAACUAGCUGGCAUGUUCGGAUGCUCACACAAGAAAUUAGGAAGUCUCUUGAUCGGCACACUAUUCUGCAGACCACCCUUGUUGAGCUCUCAAAGACGUUGCUACUUCAAAAUUGUGCUGUUUGGAUGCCAAAUGCCCAGAAAACUGAAAUGGUUUUGAUGUAUGAGUUCAAAAAUCGAAAUUUAAAGCUCUCUGUUCCAAUUGCUGACCCAGAUAUUAUUGAUAUCUGGGCCACGAAGGAGGCAAAGAUCUUGACAUCAAAUUCAUCACUGGGAUCGGCAAGCAGUUGCGGUUCGACAGCUGAGAAGGGGGUUGCUGCCAUUAGGAUGCCAAUGUUGAGAGUUUCAAACUUCAAAGGGGGGACCCCUGAAUUUGUUGAGGCUUGUUAUGCUAUUCUUGUUUUGGUUUUACCAGGUGAAACUUCACAUGUUUGGAGUGACCAAGAGCUGGAGAUUGUAGAGGUUGUCGCUGAUCAAGUAGCUGUUGCUCUCUCUCAUGCUGCUGUUUUGGAGGAAUCUCAGUUGAUGAGAGAGGAGCUGGAGGCACAAAAUAGAGCACUACAACUGGCAAGGAGAAAUGCUAUGAUGGCCAGCCAAGCUAGGAACUCGUUUCAAAAGGUGAUGAGUCAUGGCAUGAGGAGGCCUAUGUAUACCAUCUCUGGCUUGCUAUCAGUUAUUCAGUUUGAGAAUCUGGAUUCCAAUCAGAGGUUGAUUGUCGAUAUGAUGGCAAAAACUGGUAGUGUCCUCUCCAAGUUGAUCAAUGAUGUGAUGGAGAUUUCAACUGCUGAUCAUGGUGGGCUGUCUCUGGAGCUGCACUCAUUUCCGCUGCAUUCCAUGAUCAAGGAAGUGGCAGCAUUGGCAAAGUGUCUUUGUUCUUGCAGAGGGUAUGAUUUUGAGUUUGGGGUUGGAAGCUCUGUGCCAGAUCAGGUGAUUGGUGAUGAAAAACGGAUUUUUCAGGUGAUAUUGCAUAUGGUUGGAAACAUGAUAAGUUGUGGCCCUGAAGAGGGCUUGAGUUUAAGUUGUAGCCCUGGACAGGGCCUGAUUUCAUUCCGUGCUUAUGUUGAAGAUGAUAAUGAGGUGAGCCAUACACAGAGGUGGUCACCAUGGAAGCCAGAGCCACUCUCUAAUGGCUAUGUGUAUGUGAAAUUUGAGUUUAGAAAUAAGAGCAACGUAAGCAAUAAAUCAUCCUCUGGAACAAGUCAGUUGACAAGGAAGGUCAGCGGGGAAGGUUCACGGGAGGGACUUGGCUUCACAAUGUGCAAAAAGCUUGUGCAGAGGAUGCAGGGUAACAUAUGGGUAGUCUCAGGCAGAAGAGGCCCAGCCGAGAGCAUGACUUUGCUGCUGAAGCUCCGUCCGCAGCAACCAAUUCGGGUGCCCACUGAGCCAGGAUCUUCUGAGCCCCUCAGUCGCUCAAUCCUUAAAGGGCUAAAUGUUCUGGUGGCCGACGGUGAUAGUGCAAACCUUACGGCCACACGCAAGAUAUUAGAGAAAUUGGGCUGCCGAGUCUCAGUUGUGGGUUCUGGUUUCGACUGUCUUAAUGCUCUUGCCUGUCUCAGCGACCCUUGGGACCCCAUUCGUGUGGUGAUCUUAGACAUUUACAUGGCUGGAAUGGAUGGUUGUGAGGUUGCUCACAGGAUCCGGAAAUCCAGUGGCCUGUGGCCGCUGAUCGUCGCAUUGACUGCAAGCACAGACGACGAUAUACAGGAGAAGUGUCUGCAGGUUGGGAUAAACGGGGUUAUAAGAAAACCAGUCUUGUUGGAAGCCAUGGCUGACGAGCUCACCAGAAUUAUCCAUCAGGGGGGUCCGGUUGUUUGAGGUCGAGGCGUUUAGUUUUGAUAAAGUUUCUCUUUCCACCAGCUCAUUCGAAGUUGAUUGGCUUGAGCCGCUGAUUCUUUUCUGUUUUUUCUGAGGAAAAAAAUGAAGUAAAUGAUCAGAGCGAUGCUUCCCAGUUGAUGGACGUCGGCAAUGUCGCAAAGAGAUAGAGAGAUAGAGACCGUUAAUCCUUCAUAGAUAGAUUGAAACUGAGAUGUAUAAAUUUGGUUAUGUCGAGGCACAAGUUAAUUUCAAGCAAAGUCGAUCGAGGAGUAUGAGAUAAGCAUGUGAGAUUAUCUUUUUGGCUUUGGGAGAAGUAAAUAUCCUUGAAACGGGGGGAAUGACAUUUGGUGCACUGUAUUGUACCAUGUUCUCCAUGGAAAGCCGUCGUCCAGUCUGGAGAACUUUCCUCAUUAUACAUUAAAUCAUAACAUGUCCUUAGAAAAAGUAAAGGAGCCAUAUUUUUAUACAGAAACAUUCCUUCUCUAUUGUCUACUGAUUUUCGAAUCUGCUUCCAGGAAAGAAUGGAUUUUUCUUGCUGA